GGGAGUUGAUCAGGCUCCCCCAAGGUCUGUUGUGGGGGAACCACAUGCUGGGUUCCCCAGACAAAUCCCAACCCCCAUUCUUAGGCCGGGCCUGCCGGCCUUUAGGUGCUGUACUGUUCUGAGCCUGGGCUAUGCCUGGGCAUGAGGAAAGCCCUUGAAGCUUGCCUGGAGGAGGAAUCAUGCAGAGCACCCCUGGAGGGGGGUUGGGCCCUGGGCUGUCCCCUGUGGAUAGUCGGAUGCUCCUGAUCUGCAGCUUUAUCCUCAUGACAGCUUGGGGUCAAAUGAAUUUCACAGGAGACCAGGUUCUUCGAGUCCUGGCCAAAGAUGAGAAGCAGCUGUCACUUCUCAGGGAUCUGGAGGGCCUGAAGCCUCAGAAGGUGGACUUCUGGCGUGGCCCAGCCAGACCCAGCCUCCCUGUGGACAUGAGAGUCCCCUUCUCUGAACUGAAUGAUGUCAAAGCUUAUCUGGAGGCUCAUGGCCUCGCCUACAGCAUCAUGAUAAAGGACAUCCAGGUUCUGCUGAAUGAGGAGAGAGAAGCCAUGGCGAAAUCCCGCCGGCGGGAGCGCAGCACCAAUAGCUUCAGCUAUUCUUCUUACCACACCCUAGAGGAGAUAUAUAGCUGGAUUGACAACUUUGUAACUGAGCACUCAGAUAUCGUCUCCAAAAUUCAUAUUGGCAACAGCUUCGAAAAUCGAUCCAUUUUUGUCCUGAAGUUCAGUACUGGAGGCUUUCAGCGCCCAGCUGUUUGGAUUGACACUGGCAUUCACUCUCGGGAGUGGAUCACCCAUGCCACAGGCAUCUGGAUUGCCAAGAAGAUUGUCAGUGUACACGGCAAAGACCUCAUCCUGACAGAUAUAUUGAAAGCCAUGGACAUCUUCAUAGAGAUUGUCACUAAUCCUGAUGGGUUUGCUUUUACCCACAGCAUGAACCGCUUAUGGCGGAAGAACAAGUCAAGCAGACCCGGCAUCUUCUGCAUUGGCGUGGAUCUGAACAGGAACUGGAAGUCAGGCUUUGGAGGAAAUGGUUCAAAUAAAAACCCCUGCUCAGAGACUUACCAUGGGCCCUGGCCUCAGUCUGAGCCAGAGGUGGCUGCCAUUGUGAAAUUCAUCACACACCAUGGGAACUUCAAGGUUCUGAUCUCCAUCCACAGCUACUCUCAGAUGCUCAUGUACCCUUAUGGCCACUCUCUGGAUCCUGUUUCAAACUAUGAAGAGCUGUACGACCUUGCCAAGGAUGCAGUGAAGGCCCUGUAUGAGGUGCACGGGAUCAAGUACAUUUUUGGCAGCAUAAGCACCACUCUCUAUGUGGCCAGUGGGAUCACCGUGGACUGGGCCUAUGACACUGGCAUCAAGUAUGCCUUCAGCUUCGAGCUCCGAGACACUGGACACUAUGGCUUCCUGCUGCCAGCCUCGCAGAUCAUCCCCACGGCCCAGGAGACAUGGAUGGCCAUACGGACCAUCAUGGAGCAUGCCCUGAAUCACCCCUACUAGCCAGGCUUCUGAGGCCAUGGCAGGUGGGGCUUACCUCACUCCCCAAGAUUUGGGACUUCUACUGAAACCCAAGUUAUUCAUCCCUUCCCCGCACCCUUUGCUGGACCCCUAGGAAAUAGAUGUAAGUUUGAACAGG